AUGGAGCAUAAAAAACUAUUAGAAAAUGUGAUGAUUGAUUUGCUGAAGGAUCCAACGUGUCCAAUUUAUCAGUAUUAAGAUUGGCAAUUAACAAACAUAUGCUAUUAACUCUAAUUACAAAAUUUCAGUAAUAUAAAAGAUUAGGAUUUUCAAAGAAAGUUUGCUUAGUUCUUUAUAAAUUAUUUGGAAGCUGAAAAUGAAAUUGAAAAUAUUUUAGAAUAAUCCUCUAUAAAAAGAAGUGAUUUCAAGAAAAAUAAUGUAGAUCGUUCUCAGCAAAAAAAUUAAGGUUUGCAAAAGUCAAACAAGGAGAAAAAGGAUUAAAUCGAUACUCCCAAGAACAAGAAAAAAGUUAAAUUAAAGUAAUCAAAUCCCUUUGAAAUUGAAGAAAAUCCAUGUGCUCACAAUCCGACAAAUUUAGAUUUGAAAGUACCAUAAGAUCAAAAAUUAUCUCAGUGUAGUUUUGAUCCUCUUAAUGAUAAUCAUCAUGAUAAAAAUAUUUCGAAAGAAAAAACAUAAAAAAGCACUUCUAAUGAAUAGGUUUAAAUGGAAGAUUUGAAUGAAAGAAAAGAUAAAGACAAUAACUAAGAAUGUAAUCAAAAACAAAAGAACAAUAACAUAAAUGACUUCAACAAUUAAAAAUAAUCUCAUUAAAUAACCAAACCAAAUGAUAAAAUUGAAACUAAAAAGUAGUUACAAGUUUAACAAAAAAAUGAUGAAAGAGAAAAUAAUAGGGUUAAUGAUAAUAAUAAAACCAACGAUUCAAACUCUAGAAAAAGUAGAUAAAUUCAAAUUAAAAAAAAACCUUCCAGAGCUAUAAUUGACACUUCUCCAGAAGAGGAUGAAUUUGUAAUACAAAUUUCUGAUUCUGAGUCUUUAAAAAAAAGAAAUAUUUAGGAAUUAAGAAACACAUAAGGAAAGCAUUAAAUGGAUGAUCUAAUCUAAAAUAGGAAAGCUCAACAAAGUGAUCAUAAUUAAAGAUCGAAAAUAUUAAAUCCAUAGUAAAACUUAAAAAAUAUGAAUUUCAAUUAAAAAAAAUUAAUUGAGAGACCUAUUAUUUCCCCUUUAAUUGAAGUUCCAUAAUUUAAUCAAAAUUCAUUCUAAUCUAUUGGUGGAAUUGAACUUCAGAUUCAAAAGCAAAAAUAAUUAUUAGAAAAUCAAUUUAACAUUAUCUAAUCUUAACCUGCCUACCAAAAGCCAGAUAAUUAUUCAAUGAAUGUAGAAAAAAACAAUUUAAAUAAUUCUCUAACUAAUACAAGCAAUUGCAUAAUAUAAUAGAAAAAUUCUUUUUGCGAUUUUCAGAAUAUGGAUUCUGCCCCUCUUUUGAAUCCUUUACAUGAAACUCCAAAAGAAUCCUCUAAAUAUGUUGCUCAGAACCUACAAAUCCACAAAAAUGAUUAUUUAGGUGUAAAUCUAGAAAGAAAUAAUCACCAACCAAAAUAAAAUCUUUAAUACUGGAAUUAAAAUUAAUUCCCCUACUAAUUGUAAAGCCAUAUACAAAGUAACCAACUACCAAACUAACUCUUUUAUUAACCAAACAUCUACCCUUAAUCUAAUAGAAUUUUUGAAGGUGGUUAGAAUUUAGAAUUCUAAAAAGAUUAAAAACCUAAAUUAGAGACAUAUGAUGUUACUACCAGUGGGAAUGUGUAUCUUUCAACAUAAAAUAAAUCACUAUAAAUCAAAACCAAUCGGAAACAAUGUAAUUAUUGCAAAUAAAUCGAUGGAAAAGUUAAACUGAUAGAUAUAGAAGAUGAUAUAAAAAUCUGCUCAUCUUGUUUAUUAGAAAAAUUGAAUCCAUUCAAGAAAAUUAUAUUUUCUUUGGGAUUUUUAGAAUAUCAAUACUAAUAAAAGUCGUAAAGUAAAAUACAUCUAGAAUUCACGAUCACAUAAGAGUAAUUUCUAAUACCUGGGAUAUAACUGGAGAUUAGAUGUGUUGUGAUGAAUUAAAAUGGAUUAACAGAUUUCACAUUCCCUAAUUAUUGCAUUCUUCUAAUUAAUGGUUAAACCAUUAAGGAGUUUAGACCUCUUAUUGAUAAAUCAUGUCUAAAGAAAAGAAAAGAUCAUUGUAUUUCAAUUAAUCUUGAUUUUCUUUAAAAAACUUGUGGAAUUUAUAAGAAGUAUACUUUCACAUGUGUAGAAAUGAUUCCGGAUUCAUAAAUGAGGUAAGAGAUCCCAAAAUAAAUAUAUAUUUUUGGAUUGUAUUUAGUUCAGAAUUAAAGUUUGGAUUCAGUAAUUCAUUCAAUAGUUAAUUAAAGUAUCAUGUCUCAAAUUAAGGUUGAUUUUUGUAAAAACGAAAUUAAAGUGGAUAAAUCUAAAGUGAGUCUUAUUUGCUAAUAUUCUUUCGAUUUGAUGAAAAUACCUGCAAGAGGAGAAUUUUGUUAACAUCAACAAUGUUUUAGUUUAAACAAUUAUUUGGAUAUGAUGAUUCAUGCAGAACAUAUGAAAUGGAUUUGUCCAAUUUGUAAAAAAAAUUGUAUUAGUUUGAGGAUCGAUCAAUAUUAGUGGGAAAUAUUGAAGAAGAUUUAGUAGCUAAAUGUUAAAGUUGAUUCUAUUAUUGUUGAUUAAAAUGGUAGUUUAGACAUUAAGGAUCCUCUAUAUCCAAUAAUAUAAAAUACUAAAAUUAACAGUUAUGGUGAUCUAAUUCAACAUGGAUAUACUCAUUUUGAAAGAAGCUUGCCUCAAUUCGACAACGAUAAUGAAAUUAUUUCUUAAGAUAAAUUUUAACCUUAAGGUGAAAAUGAAAUAAAUGCCAUUCUAAUUGAUUGA